AUGGACACUCAAGGAGCGAAGAGGAGACAGCAUGGGGAAUGGCAUGUAGUGUGCCGUUUUGCGCUGCUCACUUGCUUCUUGGACGCGGUUCUGGGACAGAUUCGUUACUCCAUCCCAGAGGAACUGGAGCAUGGCGCGUUUGUUGGCAACAUCGCAGAGGACUUGGGUUUGGAUUUGGACAAGCUGUCCGCGCGCAGAUUCCGAAUAGUCUCCGGUGCUAAGAAGCAAUACGUGGAGGUGAAUUUAGAAAAUGGAGUUUUGUUCGUCAACGAAAGAAUCGACCGAGAAGAACUAUGUGAGCAGAGUUUGUCUUGUUCCUUCCACUUGCAAGUGGUGAUAGAAAAUCCUCUGGAGCUCUACAGGGUGGAGAUGGAGAUCUUGGACGUUAAUGAUAACUCCCCCAGUUUCCCUUGGACCGAGUUUAAUCUGGACAUCUCGGAGUCUGCUGCGCCCGGAUCCCGCUUCCCUCUCGAGAGCGCACAGGACUUGGACAUCGGGACCAACGCGCUGCGCACCUAUUUGCUGAGCGUGAAUGAGCAUUUCCUAUUGGACAUACAGACGCGCAGCGAUGGCAGUAAAUUUGCAGAACUAGUUCUGCAAAGCCCACUGGACAGAGAGCAGCAAAGCGCGCACCAAAUGGUCCUGACAGCAGUGGACGGAGGCGCGCCGGAGAGAUCCGGCACUGCGCAAAUUGACAUCACCGUCCUGGACGCGAAUGAUAACGCGCCUGUGUUUGAUCAGUCGUUCUAUCGAGUGCGCCUGGCCGAAAACGCGCCCAAAGGCACAGUUGUCAUAAAGCUCAAUGCGUCCGACUUGGACGAGGGUCCCAAUGCUGACAUCACCUAUUCGUUCAGUGGCCACGCUCCCAUCAAAGUGCGUCAGCUUUUCAGCGUAGACUCUCGCACGGGAGAAAUAAAAGUCAAAGGAGUGAUAGAUUACGAAAAAGCCAGGAUGCAUGAGAUUUACGUCCAGGCUAAAGAUAAAGGGCCCUCCGCUGUGGCGGUUCACUGCAAAGUGCUGGUGAACGUCCUGGAUAAGAACGACAACCUCCCAGAGGUGAUCCUGACAUCUGUCUCCACACCUGUGCAGGAGGACGCGCCCCCGGGGACAGUGAUCGCCGUCAUCAGCGUGAUGGACAAAGACUCGGGUGAAAAUGGGAACGUGGAUUGUGAGAUUCCCAAUCAGGUCCCAUUUCAGCUCCACUCCUCCUUCAAGAACUACUAUACACUUGUGACAAGUGAUUUUCUAGACAGAGAGUCGGUCGAAGAGUUUAACAUCACUCUCACCGCCCGGGACAUGGGCUCUCCACCUCUGUUCACUCGGAAAACAAUUCUGGUCCAGGUGUCUGAUGUGAAUGAUAACACACCUCAGUUCAAACAGCCUUCGUAUACUGUGUAUCUGACUGAGAAUAACGCGCCGGGCGCAUCCAUCUGCUCUGUGACCGCACAGGAUCCAGAUUCUGGUCAAAAUGCGUAUCUCUCUUAUUCUAUUCUGGAAGGUGACAUUCAGGGGAUGCCGGUGUCCACAUAUGUGUCCGUGAACUCCGACAACGGGAACAUUUACGCGCUGCGAUCCUUCGACCACGAGCAACUUAAAAACUUUCAGAUCUCCGUUCAAGCGCAGGACGCAGGGUUCCCACCUCUGAGCAGCAACGUGUCAGUGAACGUCUUCAUUUUGGAUCAAAACGACAAUCCGCCUGUGAUUGUGGCACCGGUUGGACCAAAUGGCACAGCAUCCGAAGAAGCUGUGCCCAGAUCAGUUGAACCGGGUUACCUCGUCACCAAGAUCAGAGCGGCGGACGCAGACGCGGGCCAGAACGCGCGUCUUUUCUACCAGAUGCUCCAGGCGACAGACCCGAGCUUGUUCAGCGUUGCUCUGUACACAGGCGAGAUCAGGACGAUAAGGCCGCUGAUGGAGAAAGACCCCACCAGGCACAGACUGGUCAUUCUGGUGAAGGACAAUGGUCAGCCGGCCCUCUCGGCCACAGUUUCCAUCAUCCUGUCAGUAGUUGACAGGCUGCCAGAUUCGCGACCCGAUUUGGAUGACCUGUCACUAAUCCCCCAUCACAGCUCCCACUUCUCCCUGUACUUAAUCGUGUCUCUGGGCGCAAUCUCCUUCACAUUUCUAGUGGCUAUUAUUGUCCUGGUUGCAGUGCGCAGGCUGAAGGGCAGGCCCUCCGACAGAGAGUCCAACUUCCCCUGCAUCCCUGACUGCUGCUGCUGCUGCUGCUCUCGCUCGGAAACAUCCACCACCACGGAAGUGUUCAAAAAGACCAACUUGAACGUUCGCAUGUCCGCCGGCGCGUCCGGCUGCGCAGAGGCCAACAGCAACGGCAAGCUGCCUCAAGUCUACUGCUACAACAUGUGUCUCACGCCGGAAUCGUCCAAAAGCGACUUUAUGUUCCUCAAGCCAUGCAGUCCAGUGAUGUCAAUGCAACAGAAUAAUGCCAAGAGCACGGACUAUCUGACCUCUGGCUGGAGCGCACUGGACCGUAAUGAGCUGACCAACAACAGAGCAGCAACCCCGAACGAGCUGAAGUAUUCGAACAAGGACUGGACAUGGACCAAGAACCAACGCAACUCAGCGUACAAGAGGUACAGUUCAGCAAAUAUGGAGGGUACUCUUUCACGCCAGCAAAAAUACAAUGCUGAAGGGUUCUCCUGCUCUGUGGCGCCGCAGUACCUGACCUGGGGAAACCAUAUGAAAGACUGCAAGAUUUCACUCCAGGAGGAGGCAGUGCCAAACUACUCAUGGACUCCCAAGUACACCCAGCCUCACUCGGACCCGCCUGACUACCAGCACAACGUGUACAUCCCCGGCACCACGUCCGGCUACAGCACCCUCAAGCUGCCCCCCAGAGGCGACCUGGACAUGUACAACACCUUCUCCACGUUUGGGAAGAAAAAGAGAUUCAUCUCAAACUAUGAACAAUCUUUCGACCAGGAUGACGGUCUUAUAAGCAAUCCAAUCUUUAAAUGAUGCACUAACUCUGCUGUGUGUUUCGCGUGCCACACAUAUCCCAUAAAACAAGUUUGAAUACUAAGCACAAAUGUGGAGGCGGACAGACUUUACUUCUCCUUUCCCCCCAUGUUGAAUUUAAUACCGCUCCUAGCAACAAGUAUGAUACUUAAAUAAAAUAGGUCUAUUCCGCGAGCAAAGACGGACUGCAGAGCAAUGUGGGUAGUGAAGUGGAACACUCUGAGAAAGUUUAUUUUUUUUCUUCCCCAGCAGCAGCAGUGACCUCUGGUAAAUGUGAUUUGAUCCGUUUGGAAGCUGCUGCUUCUCAGUGAGGAGAAUGGCAAAUGUUUGUCUCAAAAAGGGUUCAUAAUUUUUAGCCUAAAACACAAAGGUUAUGCAUAUACCAGUAACUGUUAUGUAGACACGCCUUUGUGUUCUGUAGGGACAGCAGUACUGAGUAUACGAUGCCGUGCGUCAUUCGUCAACCAACUAUGCUAGCAAUAAAGUUUCUAUAUUUUUUAGCCUUCAGAGUAGAUGUUUCUAUCAAGAAAUCUGUAUUUAACGAAAGAAAGAAAAAAAAUCACUCACUUAACGAAACAGAAUCUUUGUGGCCACUGUUAUCCAUGAGCAGAUCAAGCUGUGCUAUAGGUGGAGGUGUCUUAUCAGUUAAUUUUCAAUCACCAUCAUGCUUGGCUGCAUUCACUGACAUUAAUAAAUGUAAAUGCAAUCCAGGCAAAAUACAAAAAAUAACUCAAAGGAAUUGAAAAGAGAAGAAAAGUAAUGGAAUGUUGUUGGAGUAGAAAUGUAUACAUUGCGGACGAAACAUACAACAACAAAUGCAUUGAAGAUAUAUAUAUUUAACAUUUAAAGUUAAAUGUGGUGUAAUGCAACUUGUACAUCCUGUACAUCUUGUUUCCUUUAGGGAAUAGUGAUCGGACUGAUUUAGUUUGUGCAGUCACCCAUUGAUUUGACACAUCGGGUUGAAUCGUUGAUCGAUGCUGUGUGUGUGAGUGUGUGUGUGUGAGAGAGUGUGUGUAUGGGUGUGUGUGUGGGUUGCUUGUCAUGUUCCAAACAACACACCUCUUGGCCCAUCAGAUUUAUUUAUCAACAUUCCAAAAACACAUGUCAAAUUUGUGUUUUUCAGCGUGGUGUGAUUUGUAUGUCUAGACAUGACCACAAAGUUAAUCCAAUAAUUUCUCUGUG